CUCGGCUCGGCUCGGCUCGGCUCGCCGGGGGAGCCGCGGCCGCGGCCGGAAGGAGGGGAAAGAAGGAAAGAAGGAAAAGCCGUGAGGGCCCCGGUGGGGGAGGGGCGGCCAUGGCCCCCAACGGCUCUGUGGGAUUUCGGGACUCCCCCCUGGAGCCGGGAAUUUUCCUGGAUGAGGAUUUGGGAUCCGACUGGUACAUCUACGAAUCCACGGAGUCUGCGCCUCAUGAUGACCUUUUUCCCGAUGCCAUCCCGGAAUGCCACCCCACAAUCUCCCCCCAGCUGUACCACACCGUCAUGGCUCCCAUUUCCCUGGCUGUGCUCCUGGCCUUGUCCUUCCUGGUCAAGCGCCGCCGGCUCCACCUGAGCUGCUGGAACGGCGUCCCGGGAUUGCUCAGCCCCGGGAAUCUGCUGGAGCAGGACGGGCAGCGCGCCGUGGCCGCGGCGGUGCUGGCGCUGCUCUGCUCCGAGCUCUGCCGGCUGCUGCUGGACCCCGACCCGCUGCCACUGCUGCCACCCACGGCGGGGACAACACGUGCAGAGUUCCGGAAGGUUCUGGCCCUGCUCUAUUUCCCGGCGCUGUACCUGCCCCUGCUGGCCUGCGCCGGCCCCCGGCACCGCCUGGGCUACGCCGCGGGGACCCUGCUGGCCUGGGGACACUGCGGGGCGCAGGCCUGGCACCGCGCGCAGUGUCCCCUGGCACCCAAGAUCCACCGGCUGUACUCGCUGCUGUCCCACAUCCCCGCGCUGCUGUCCCUGUCCCUGCUCAGCCUCUGGUACCCGGCACAGCUCCUGCGCAGCCUCCGGAACGGGGACAGCCCCGAGCCGCGGAUUUCCGGGAAAAGCUAUUACAGGAAGUACCUCAAGGCCCUGCUGUCCAAGCGGGACCGGAAAGGGAGCUCCGUCAAGAUUGAUGAGAGCCUUGGCUCCCGGAUCCGCUCCUACCUGCUCUCCUACAUCUACAUUCCCGAGGAAGGAUUCCGGAUCCCACUGAAGCUGGUGGUAUCCGUCACCGUGGCUGUCAUCGCCGUCUACCAGGUGGCCGUGCUGCUGCUGGUGGCCGUGGUGCCCGCGCUGCGCAUUAUCCGGGCGGGAAUGACCAAGGACGUGGUGGUGCUGCUGGUGCAGUUCGGGCUCGUGCCCUCGCAGGGCGCGGCCGUGCCCGGGGACCUGGAGCAGGAGCUGCGCACGGCACGGCACUUCCUGUGGGCGCUGGAAGUGUGCUACAUCUGCUCGCUGGUGCUGUGCUGCCUGCUCACCUGCGCCAUGCUGCUCCGGAGCCUGGGCAUGCACAGGUCCAACCUGCGGGCGCUGUACCAGGGCGCUGUGCUGGACGUGUUUUCCAAGGCCCACAUCCUGCGGCCUUCCCGGGAAUCCCUCGUCUGCUGGAUGGCCUUCUCCAGCUUCCAGGCGGCCUUUGCCUGCCUGGGUCUCCUGAUCCAGCAGGUGAUUUUCUUCCUCUGCUUCGUGGCCUUCACCUUCCUGGUGGUGAUCCCGCUCCAGCUCGGCACCAGCUCCCCGCUCUUUGGGAUCAUCCGGAACAUGUGGCCCUUCUGGCUGACCUUGGUGGUGGCCGUGCUCGUGCAGCAUCUCCUGGCCCAUUUCCAGUUCCUGGAGCAGCAUUCCCUGCAGAAGGAGAUCACCAACAGGCGCGUGCUGUACAUCGUCACCUUCCUGCUCUUCCCCACCAACGUCAUGGUGGGCUCCAUGGCCGCGGUGUGGCGCGUGGUCAUCUCCGGCCUCUACAACGCCGUCCACUUCUGCCGGCUGGACAUCAGCCUGCUGCACCGCGGUGUGGAGACCUUCGACCCAGGGUACCGCACCUACUGCCACUACCUGCGGGUGGAGGUCAGCCAGUGCCACCCGCUGAUGAAGGCCUUCUGCUUCCUGCUGCUCCAGCCCGGCCGGCCCGAGCCGCCAGAACCGCCCCGGGACACCCAGCUGGAGGAAGGCCUCCAGCUGAUGCAUCCCAAGCCCCCGGCUCCGGGAAGGGCGCGGAGCCGGCGGAUCCGGGCGCGCUGGUGGGUGGCCUACACGCUCCUGCACAACCCCUCGCUGACCGCUUCCCGAAAAACCGCGCUGGCCGAUCCCGCGGCCAACGGCGCCCAGCUCGGCGUUCCCAGACCCUGAAUUCCCGGGAAUCCCAUCCCAUCUUCCAUCUCCCAUCCCUGAAUUUCAGGCGCUUCCCACGCGCCCUAUCCCAGCCUCCAGACUCUCUCCGAGGGUUUAUCCCUAAAUCUGUGCGGAGCCACUCCCGAGCUCCAGAGGCGACAUCUCUGAGCCCAGCCUGGAUGGAGAUGAGCCAAGGAAAAUGCUCCCAGCAUCCCAAAAAUAUUUUGGGAUUCAGUCCUGCAGCCAUCCCCCUUCUCAGCCGCUUUUCCAGCAUGGGACAAUUCCCAGGGAACUGGAAGAGGAGCUUGGAGGGAUCCCCAGCUGGCCAAAGGAAUUCUCAACCACCAGGAAUUACCCCGGGAACUCCACGAGGGAGAAAAUUCCCAUUCCCGUCUUCUCCCUUCCCGAUCCCGGCUCCAUUUGGGCUCCACAUCCACUCCUGGAACGUUUUUUUCCCUGAUUUUUGAAGGAUCAAAUCCCACCCUCCUCCCCGCCCUCUUCCAUUCCCGGUUUUGUGGCAAUCCCAGGGUUUUCCAGGGCUGGGAUCCAUGGAAAACCUCACUGGGAAGUGCAGGGGAAGGAGAAUAAAUGGAUACCUCGUUCCUA